AUGAGUGCCAAAAGAAGUGAUGCCAAGUUAUAUGAAAAGUUCAAAGUGACAGCACCGGAAAUGCUGGCCCAAAUCAUCCAGGUACUUGCAUUAUGCCAUAAACUGGACAUCCAUGUGCCACGAGGGGUCAAGAACCUCUUUGAGUUCACAUGGGAGGAGCUAACAAUAACGACAGAGAGGAAAGUCAUCAUUGGAGAGUACUGUCCUGUUGUCCAUUUAGUCCAUACCAUGGAAACAUCUUUCUCUAGCACUACCUACAAGAGCCAUACACGGAGGAAAUCUCUCCCCAAAAGCACAAUAUCAGAGCCCAGCUAUCUGUCUCCUUCAGCAGAAAAUCAACAAAUACUUCUCAAGUUCCAGCAAAGGUCAGUCCACCUGCUGAGCGAACUCCUCAAGCUGAAGAUGAAGGCGAUGAUUGAUUCUGUUACUGGAUGUAGUUCCGAUGAGGUUACCAGAAAGUUUUUGGAGGCAGGUCAGCUGCUAUGUCCCAAGAACCAGGAGGAGGCUGCUGAAUUAAUGGCACAAGCACCCAGAAAAAGAGUGUCACACGUCAGCUGCAAGCCCAUCCCUAUUUCCUCCACCAUUCAACUAAUACAUCAAGUCUCUGUGUCCUGCCUCACCUUCUCACUCGCAUCAAAGGAAAACAAACUACCAAAGGCCCCAGGUUCCCCUAAAUUCAAACCUAUGCAGGAAGCAAUAAAUGUUGACCAUCAGCAUGACCCAUGCCCUGAAGCCAGGCAGAAGCUCAGAGAAAUGUGCCAACAUAUAGAGGAAGAGAAGGCUGCAAUGAAAGCAAAGGGCCAUACCAAGCCCCUAAUAGUGCGAAACUAUGCCACUGUGCUCGGGUCACCGUCCAUCUCCUCUAGAAAAGGUGGGCAGAUGGUCCCACUACCAACAGAACGCAAGCCUAAACCACCAAAGCUCUAUUUUGCCUUUCCUGAUGGGACAGCAUUUAUUUUUUACCCAACAGGAAAUAUUGCUGCUUGCCAGUUCCCCAUGUGCUGUGUGGGAAAAACAAUCACCCUUCUCUUUAAUAAUGCUCCAAGUCUAGCUCUUCUGGCUUCUUUUAUAGCUGACUAUCAGGCAUGUGUGCGUUAUUCCUUCAAAGCCAGCUGUUCACUUGCACUGAUGAUGGAUCUUGAAGGAGGAGCAGUCAGGGACAGAGAUGGAUAUUUGACUCACAAGUGGAGCUGGGCUUCAAAGACCCAGACUUUACAGUCUUUAGAAUUUCAGAUAAAUGAACAGCUAAAACUGAAGGUACUUGGUCAAAAUUCCAUUACUCUUUCUUUUUCCUGUUUGAAUGAGACCAUCAAUAUGUCUUUGUCAACAGCUCCAUGCGCACACACCCCCAAAGCUAACAAACGGAUACUUGCAAAAACAAGUGACAGUGAGAAGAAGGAGGAACAACUGGAGAGAGCCUUGGAAGAGAUUAAGAAGCGUUUUCAGAAGACAGUGAAACAAUUUAUAAAUGCCAUUUUGAUCGCUUCAGGUAUGAUUCCUAUAGAAUAUCCAAUCCUAGAAGGAGCAAAGUAUGUCAAAUUUGAAAGAAAGGAACUGUCGUCUCAGGCCUGGGCUAAAAGAGUGAAAGAAGAACGUGCUCCAAUGGCUUCAGAAACGAAAAGACCUCAAAAACCUCCUAGCAGACCGAUUGACCGAAGGAUUCCUCUCAAGCCUUCUCGCAGACCCGUGGAUCAAAGGAAACCUUCCAGUCACUUGGAUACCAUGACCCAACCAAAGCCUGCACCAAGAGUUAAAACCGUUUCAGGUGCAGGUGCAUGCCCUGCCAGGACCUGGGCAUCAUCUAUUGCUGACUGCCCAGUUGUGCUCCGAAGGCUACUAUCAAAACAGGACGCUGGUCUGGGUUGCAAGUGUGUUGUGAAAAUUCCAUUUGUUACCGACUUGGAGUUUGACAAGUUUAUUUCAGCCCCCAGAAAGUCCGAUCAGAUCCUGGUGAUCUUUGUCCUGUCAUCCCAAAACCCUUCCUAUUCUCCCUUCUUGGAAUGGAUGUUACAAAGCCUGUACAUGGAAAAACAGCAUGGCCGCCCAUCCCCUUGUGUUCAGUGCAGGUGUGACCCUUACCGCUUGCUGAGGUAUGACAUGGACAGUGUCACAAGACGAAAGCCCCCCCUGCCACCUCUGCUUGUGCGGAAGCAUGCUGUCACUCCGGGAAUGGUGCUGAUGUACGCUGGAGGGAAGCUGCUCUUCGGGGGCUGUGUUUUCAACGGAUAUGGCUGCAGCAAGAAGGACCUGCUGAAUCAGAUCGGCCAAGCUCGCCUCGACUGCAAGAUUGGUCACUUCCUGCCAGAGAGUUUCAAAUUUAGUGCUAUCCCUGUGGAGGACCCUUACCAGGACAAAGUGAAGAACCAACAAGAUUCAGCAGAGGCAACUAGUGAAGAGUCUUCCUUAGUGCCCAAGAGGGAAGACACUCCCCGCUCAAAACUAAAGAUAUUAAAGACUUUGACAGCCAUGAAGCGCAUCUUUUCAAUGCAAGAGCAGCAGCAGCAGAAGCAGAAGAAAAACCAAAAACCUCGGAUAGCACAGGCAAAAGACAGCAGAAAAAAUAGUGACACUAGUAAAUAGACACCCCAGGCCUCUACUUUGUACAGAGAUAUAGACAUAGCUACAUCUUUCUAAACCUCCUCUGCCAUUUUGUCCAAUCUGUUAUAUUUUGAUUGUUAGUAACAGGAAGUAUUUACUUUUCAAUUCUCAAUAUAAAAUUGCAGUCAGCAAAUGCUUCUUGGUUUGCUUGAUCUUGUUGUCCUCACUUAAAGAAGGUUCCUCCCGAUGUGCACUGACCCCGGUGAUUCCAGCUCGAUGGAAGAACCAGUGAGAAACCAAAUCAUUGAGGAUUCAUGUGAUCGAAGUGUCUGCUUUAACCAGUGUCCAAAGACAUCCUAGAAUGUCUUUGCAAUGGAGGUAGGGGAAUGAGCUGACACUGGACAAGUCCAGGUGAGUCAGGAAUAUAGAGGAAUCUCUGCAGUAAGCUGGUUUGAGGACCUGCAUUUUCAAGGGCUUGCCGUAAAGGUGCAAGAAGCAAAAAGGGGAGGAUAACAGCCUGUUUAGAAAAUACUCCAGCAACCAGUGUGAUAGUAUACUCAGUUCUAUAUGACUGGAGAGGCCCAGGACUGGGAUAAACAAGAGAUGCUGGUGAUCAGUACUGACGUGCCCUGGCAGAGUUGUGAGAAGGAGACUCUCCAAAAUAACUAGGAAUAAAGCAGGUUGGGACAGAGGGAUUUUGACAGAGCUGUGAGGGUGACCCCACAACUGGAAAAGAACUGAGUUUGAUCCAGGUCAGGAUGAAGGCACAUUGGCAGAGAUACUUUAGUGCAUCUCCAGGCAACCCCAACCAUUGGGCUCCUGCCAUGUGGCGCUCUGGUCAGAAUUUAAAGCUGCUGCCCCAACCCCUGAAAUAGGAUUCCUAUCCAGUGCAAUCUGUGUCUGUCAGGAGGACAUUUCAAAUCCCUUUGGCAGCAGAAGUGAACCUGCCCCAUCGUCUAUGGAUAAAAGAGGAAGGACAUCAGGGAAGAGCUCCCAGCUGAUUGGAGGUGGAGUUUACCUAAAGUUAAACACAUAACAAAACUGCACUGGCAUAGGACCCUGGUUUUUAAAUACGUAUGGAGACGUACCUUACAAUGGCAUUUAAAGAGAAAAGGUGA